UCACGCCGGGGCGCGGCGGGGCUGGGCCGGGGGCCGGGCCAGCGCCUUCCCCCGGCCAUGGCGGCGAGGGCGGGCCCGGAAGGAGAGCAGCCGCCGCCCGCCUCACUUCCCCUGCUGUCGGGCGGGGCGGCAGCGCGGGCAGCGGGCACCAUGCUGCAGUUCUUGCUUGGUUUUACUCUUGGAAAUGUGGUUGGGAUGUAUCUGGCUCAGAACUAUGAUAUUCCUAACAUUGCAAAGAAGCUGGAAGAUUUUAAGAAGGAUGUGGAAGCCAAGAAGAAACCUCCUAAUGACAAGUCCUGAAAGAGCAGUGUUCCCCAGGUCAACUCUGUGUGCGCACCAAGGAUGCAAUUUACCUUUCAGGCAGCAAAGUUCAAGUAGAGGGUUGGCAUGGGAGGUUCCUCCACUCUUAGUCUCCUAGAACUGGAAUAUCCUCCUUUUGAAAGGGUGUCUGUGAACUUUUCCUGGGACUGAUUUUCAAGGGUUUCAGAAUUUGGAUUUGCAACUGAUGCGUGACUGGAUAAUAGGAUUUGUAUUUUUCAGUGUUUCUUUUCCUAAUAUUUUGCAACCUGUUUUUACCUGAUCCAACUGGAGUGCUUUUGGUCCUGUUACAAUUGUAACCUCACACUUGAUAAUACCCUAGUUCUUAGAACAGCACAAAAGAAAUUAAAUGCAUCGAGAAGUAA